ACUUAAUGAAACUAAAUAGACUGUUCUCUUCUCUAGAAUGAAGACCAUUCUCAGCAACCAGACUGUUGACAUACCCAGCAAGGUUGAAAUUUCCUUGAAGGGCCGCACAGUAACUGUGAAGGGGCCCAGAGGAACCCUGCGGAAAAACUUCAACCACAUCAAUGUAGAACUGUGCUUGCUGGGCAAGAAGAAGCGGAGGCUCCGUGUAGACAAAUGGUGGGGUAACAGGAAGGAGCUGGCCACAGUGCGCACAAUCUGCAGCCAUGUACAAAACAUGAUCAAGGGAGUCACGCUGGGUUUUCGUUACAAGAUGAGGUCUGUGUACGCUCACUUUCCCAUCAACGUAGUUAUCCAGGAGACCGGCUCACUCGUCGAGAUCAGAAACUUCUUGGGUGAAAAGUACAUCCGCAGGGUGCGCAUGAGGCAAGGUGUCUACUGUGCUGUGUCUCAGGCCCAGAAGGACGAGCUGAUACUUGAGGGGAAUGACAUUGAACUUGUGUCAAACUCAGCGGCCUUGAUCCAGCAAGCCACCACAGUAAAGAAUAAGGAUAUCAGAAAGUUCUUGGAUGGUAUCUAUGUCUCCGAGAAGGGAACAGUUCAGCAGCAGGAAGAGUAAAAGUGUGUACUCAGAAGUUUGAAUCCUAUGCUACAUCGAUUAAAAGUCCAUUUAUCUAA